GGCAACGACAACGACCACAAAAUCGUGUAGGCAGGUCCUCACCGACAAGACUUUCAACAAAACAAGGUCGAUUUGAAGUUGAUUAGCGGGAACCGCCUGAGCGCGUUCUAUCAAUAUGCCGAAGAACAAGGGAAAGGGUGGCAAGAACCGCCGCAGGGGAAAGAACGAGAACGACAAUGAGAAGCGCGAGCUCACCUUCAAGGAGGAAGGGCAGGAGUACGCCCAGGUUCUGAAGAUGUUAGGGAACGGCAGGCUCGAGGCUAUGUGCUUCGAUGGCGUCAAGCGCCUCGGUUUGAUUCGCGGCAAGCUGCGGAAAAAGAUCUGGAUCAACAACGGCGACAUCAUCCUGGUGUCACUGCGCGAGUACCAAGACGAGAAGGGCGACGUUAUCCUCAAGUACUCAGCCGAUGAGGCUCGUUCCUUGAAGGCAUACGGCGAGCUGCCCGACACGGCCAAGAUUAACGAAACCGACACCUUUGGCCCUGGCGAGGAUGGCGACUGCGGCUUCGAGUUCGACGAGGACCGCGAUAGCGACAGCGAUGUCGGUGGCGCCGACGGGAAGAAGGAGAUUGCGAUCGAUGAUAUCUAAGUCAUCAGUAUCAUUGAUGCCCACAACCGAGGCGACGAAACACCCUUUUUGGCCUCGACGUCGUCAUCGUUUGGGGCGCGGAAAGCAAAAAACUGUCUUCUCUCUCAAACCUUGAUUUACAGGCGCCUGUGUAAUUGAGGUUCCCCGACAGUUGGUGUGCUUCUCUCGCUUUGGUUGUGAGGAAGGGUGCAUCAAAAGGAGAAGAACAGGUCAUGAUGGGAGAGACGUCAUCACCGGGUCUAUCUCUUGUUGUUUUUUCAGGAAUCAGUUAGUUUGUUAAGGUAAUGCAGGCUGUUUUGGUCUUCCUCUUAACCUUGAACCAUCGUGAAAGUCGUGCCAGUGUACUGUCGACAGGUCCAUAGACGUAUAAGACGAAGGUUGUUUCCG